AUGGAUUUUGACAAUCACCAACAAAAUGAUGAGACAUCAUAUGUGGUGGAACGACAAACACCUGAUAUAGAUGAUGCCUUUCUCUACGACAAUGUCCUAGAAUCAGUAUCAAAGGCCCUUUUGGAUGCAGGCACCGAUAACCUUGUCCUGAGUGAUACCGAGUACUGCAAUGUACGAUCAGCAAUCGGCACAAAGCAAAUACAGUCAAAGAUGCUACUGGAGCUUUUAUAUAUUGACAAGACUUGUGCAGAAGUUCUCAUUGAAGCUUGGAAGAAAAUGGUUGCGGCGACUGCUUCUCGAGACAAGUCCUGCAUCUUCGAUAAUAUAGAAGACUAUGUCGAAUAUCGAAUUGUUGACACCGGGGGGCCUUUUGUGGAUACGUUGAUGCGGUUCGGCAUGGGAAUCCUCUUGACCUCCGACGAGGAAGAAAUGCUUGCUCCUAUAGUUAGACCUGUCUUCGAGGCUCAGGGGCUAGCUAACGACUAUUACUCCUUUGACAUUGAGUAUAAAGAGUUCAAAGAAAGUCAAAGGACAGAGGGGUCGCAUAGUAUGACCAACGCCGUGUGGCUAUAUAUGAAGUGGAACAAUCUUUCCAUUGACGAGGCAAAGGCAAAAGUCGUACAAGUUGUUCGCGGCUACGAAAAGAAUUUCCAACAAUCUGCGAAUGCUUUUAUAGCCGACACAAAGCGCUGCCGCCCCCACUUGCGCGAUUACCUGGGGGCUUUGGCCUUCCAGAUUCCAGGAAACAUUGUCUGGAGCCUUCGAUGCCCUCGUUACCACCCUGAAUUAUGCUCUGAAGCGUCAACUUUACUCCGUCCCGGUAAUGAACAAGACCAUAUUCAAAAUAGCCAAGACCAGCGUCUUCCACCUGCAAAGCAAGAGCUAUCCGACGAUGAAGAUUCCGUUACAAAAUCUAGCAUCAGCUGUUCAUCAAUUGUGGGAACAAGCAACCCAGUCCCGUCGAGCAGAUCCUCGGUAAAUUCAAGGGACGAUUCGACCGACGAGCCGAAGACACAAAGCCGUGCUCAGCUUGGGUCUGAGCAUCUGCUUGCCCCUUACGAAUACAUCAGCUCUCUCCCUUCGAAGGGGUUCCGUGAGGCCUUCAUUGAUGCCUUGAAUGUCUGGCUAGCUCUUCCCGACAGCUCUGUCCAAACUAUUAAAUUAAUAUCACAGAAACUACAUACUUGCUCACUGAUGCUGGAUGAUAUCGAGGAUUCCUCACCGCUUCGCCGUGGCAAGCCAGCCACUCACACAGUAUUCGGCCCGGCUUCCACUAUAAACUCUGCAAACUGGAUCUUGAUUGACGUGAUGGGUGAUGUGCAGGAGCUUCAAACCCCUCAAUGCAUGGAUAUAGUCAUAGAGGAGCUUCGCAAUCUGUUCGUUGGCCAGAGCUUUGACUUGUACUGGACACAACAGGGCGAAUGUCCCACUGAGGAAGAAUAUCUUGAGAUGGUCAGCCAGAAGACUGGUGGCCUGUUUAAUUUGCUCGCGCGGCUGAUGAAGCAAUGUACCCAGUCGCUGCAUCUCAGAGCCAUAUCCCUUGAUUGUGUUUCUUUGCUUGGCCAAUACUUCCAGAUUCGUGAUGAUUAUAUGAAUUUGAUUGACGACGUGUACACGGAAGGAAAAGGUUUCUGUGAAGACCUCGACGAAGGGAAAUUUUCUUUCCCGAUUGUUCACGCCUGGCAUUGCACACCGCCAGACCUUGUCAUGCGCGGUAUAAUCCGAGAAGGAAAGGCCUCUGGUUCCCUUUCUGUCCCUCAUAAGAAAAUGAUUCUGAGUCAUUUGCAUGAAGCGGGGAGUAUGGAAUAUACCCUCCAAGCUAUGAAAAAGCUGCAGAUGCGUAUCAACAAUGACCUCGAGCAUGUUGAGAAGGAGGCUGGUUGCGAGAAUUGGGUCAUGAGGCUGUUGGUUCAUAAGUUGUUCGUAUGA